UACAAACAAUUGCACAAGUCAUUCGUCUUUCACAGUCUGACCACCUUAAAUCAAGACCUCUCUAAGCUGUUAUGAAAACCAUUGUGCUGUUGGUGCUGUGGGUGCUGGGGACGUCACUGGUGUUGCCAGACCCUGACACAGCCGGAGACAAGGCGACUGAAGAACCUGUUCCGUGUUCUAAGGGAUGCACCUGUCUGCACGAUGACUACAGCCUGGAGCUCAACAUGUACUGCAGUGCUCGCAACUUCACUCAAGCACCGUCGGACAUGCCGACGUCCUCUCACUCUCUCUGGCUGGAUGGCAACUUGUUCACCUCACUCCCCGCGAUGUCCUUCAGGGACCUUAACAACCUGAACUUUCUGAAUCUGCAGAAUGGCCAACUCGUGACACUUGACCCUCAAGCUUUCAAAGGACUGCGUUCACUAGCACACAUUCAUCUCGAACGAAAUUCCCUCCGUGCGUUACCAGGUGCAGUGUUCCAGAACACACCCAACCUUGCUUCACUUAGUCUGCACAACAACCAGCUUACCCGUAUUGAGGAGAGGCUGUUUGCCGGACUCUCACACAUGUGGAUGCUCAACCUUGGGUGGAACUCAAUAGCAGUCUUGCCAGAGAUGGCAUUCCACGACCUGCAAAGUCUACGAGAGCUCAUCCUCGCAGGGAACAGACUCGCUUACUUGCAGCCGCAGCUUUUCCAAAAUCUUGCUGAGCUUAAAGAGUUGGAUCUAACGGGGAAUUACCUCAAAGUCAUCAAAGCGAACGUGUUUGGUAAACUCACAAAACUGCAAAAGCUGUACCUGGCCCAGAAUCAGAUUGUAACAGUGACAACUCGAGCUUUCACUGGCUUGAAGUCACUCAGAUGGCUGGAUCUCACUAACAACAGACUGACUUCUCUACACGACGACACAUUCUCGGGCCUGCUCAGUCUCCAUGUACUGCGUCUCUCCAACAACUCUAUCACCGGAAUUAGGCCCAGGACCUUCCGUGAUCUGCAGUACUUAGAGGAACUACGGCUCAGUUACAACAGGAUCCGAGUCCUGGGGGAGAGGAUCUUUGAAGGACUUGGUCAUCUGGAGGUCUUAGAGCUGGAGCACAACCAAGUGCAGGAGGCACAGGCAGGCAGUUUCACGGGUCUCUCUCAUGUGGCUGUCAUCAACCUGUCUGGAAGCUGCUUCCUCAGUCUGCCAGACCAAAUCUUCAAAGGUCUGCCAAAGCUUCACAGCCUCCAUCUGGACCGAGGCUGCCUCACAAAGAUCACAUCUCAAGCUUUUACUGGACUUUCAGGUCUGAGGAGGCUUUUCUUGCAGCACAACAACAUUUCUGUGGUGGAACGUCAGAGCUUCGUACAUCUGGUGGGUUUACUGGGACUCGACCUGAGCUUCAACAAGCUGGAGGUUCUCACAACCCACACGUUCUCUGGCCUCAGGAACUUGGAGUACCUGCUUUUAUCCAACAACGACUGUCGACAGUUUCUGCAGAAUGGCACAAAGCAGCUACUUCCGAGGCUGCGCUAUCUGGACCUGAGAGCCAAUGCCUUGUCAAGCAUGGUCCCCGAUUUCCCUGAGCACAUGGAAAAACUUUUGCUGACUGGAAACAGCUGGAAAUGUGACUGUAGCACGCUGGCACUCAGAAACUACAGCUUGAGAAAUCCGUCAGUGAUACCUCGGCGUGUGGAGACCCACGCAGAGGGUGAAGAGCCCGACACAACCAUCACCAUAUACAACAAUAUCACAUGCAACAGCCCACCACAUCUAGCUGGUCAAGACCUACGAGAUAUUGACAACGAAAACUACGAAAGCUGCUAAACUGAUACAUCGUCAUGUCAUGUAAAUCACACAAUAUCCAAAUUACUCAGUUUCUGAUUUCAAGACUGAAAUUGUAUCGAUUUGAUUUAUUUUUUAAAUUCCUUUCACCUGACCAUGCCUGUAAAACUGCUUCAAAGCUGAGGUUUGCAAAGUAUAGUUCUAAAAUUAAAAGUAUAAACAACCCAUAUUACACCAGCUUUAAGGAUAUGUACACAAAGCACAUUUUUCAUUGUCGGUGAACUUGAUGUCACCAUUUCGUAGAAAAACAGGAGGAACUAAUCCACAAAAUACGCUUUUAUGUAGAUUUAAGAAUAAUAUGGACUGCAAAGAAGUAUGUUUUACCACUGUGGUGGCGUUGCUCGAUGUGACCAGACUGCAGGAGCUAUAAAAAAAUAUUGUGGUGAUGCAUUUUAAGUAUCUUUAAAGGUAUUUUUAAACAAUGUUUAAGAUUGUAAACUACUUGAAUCUCCAUUCAGUGCCAUUGAACUCAGAGAAUAUCAAUGUUACAUAACAAUGUGAUUUCCGUUGCUGGGGUCAUGGCCUACAAAAAUGGACUUCAGAGGACUCUGAAAAACAUUGGCAUAGUCGUGUAAUUUGAAAUGGAAACAUACAGGUGACUUUUUAGAAAACCCCACAAAUCUCAUUCAAAACUGAGAGCAACAAAGUGAAAUUGUCAUGCUACUAAAUUUUAAGUUAAAGUUAUUUAUGUGGCUGGGAUGGAUGGUUAUUGACAGGAAAUAUACAUGCACAGUUCAAGCACUAAAUGGUGUGUGUGUAUAAGUAAAGCUCCAUGUUUUUUCCCUUUAAAAGAUGUUCUGCUGAGAAAAUUGCCUUAAAAGUGCAAUAAAUGUGUUAAAAAUACUGAGUCUCCACUUUGAUAGAGACUAAUAUGAGUUUCUCUAUUGCUGAUGGCAACACUACUUUAUAUUUCUUCUCCUGACAAAGUAUAAUCAAUCAUCAUAAUACAAAAAUGUUAACUUAGAAAAAACAUUUAUUCUCUCU